AACAAAACGAGGACCAUCCAACGAUUGAUCGAAAGUGGAAAUCUCGACAGAUCCCAAACAAUGAGUAUUAUGGCGACCGUGCAACCUGUGAUUAAUUGGAACCAUUUUGCGGCCUACUUGGUACGGGCCGCCCAGACACCAAUCACAUGUAUCGGAAAGAAGCUGGAACAUUUGAGGGAUGAUUUGUAUAUGAUACCAAGAGAACGCAAGGAUUGUGCGACACUACUCAGAGACGAACGGAGUAGUCGACAGAAACAUAACAAUAUCACCAGGAAGAGAAGACUGGAUUUGAUGAGGGAACUGGUACGAUCAUACGACGCCCGAAGUUUUAAUGAAUUGUACAAGAGACUAUCGGUACAGGAUACUGAUGACAUAUACGCGGAAUAUGGCCCCACAUGGAAAGAAACUGCUGAGCACAGUAUCGCUAACUACUGCAAGGAAAUUAUUCUCGAACAAGAGACCAUGACGUUCGAGCAAAUCCUCAAUAGUAACCAUCAUAGCCGAACGUGCCAGCACCCUGCCGAUACUACCCUGGGAGAACAGUGGUUGGACCAACUCAUACGGGUUAACAAUAUCAAUAAACGGGAAUUAUUGGCCUGUUUAACCUCUGUGAUGAACAAACUGUGCACCCGCAAGAACGCUUUUGUCAUUGAAGGACCAACCACAACGGGGAAGACUUUGUUUGUCAAGCUGGUAGCAGAGAAUUAUGAGGAGCCCAGAAUAACCCAACUGACUGUGAAUGACUUUAAAGAAUUACUCGGGGGAAAUCCAUUCGACAUCCACGUGAAACACCAAAAGGAUGAAAGAUUGGACAGACUACCUGUACUCAUUACCACAAACAACCCCCUAACCUAUUACGUCAUGGACGCCGAUGGAAAAGCCAUCUUAGAACGC